AUGCCGCCGAAACGCAAGACCCAAGCUCCAUCAGCUUCGCAACCCCUUCCCGAGCCGAAGCAGCCCGCGCGGACGUCGGGCAGGAAGCGCAGAUACAGCGAUGCCUCCAACGUUUCCGACCGUCCAUCCAGUAGCCAAAGCAUGACAGCGGCUGCCCCAGUAAAGCGUCGGAAGAAAGGCAGGCCGGCCAAGUUUGCCGCUUCCAGUGUCGAGCCGGAGCCGGAGCCGAUUGUGGAAGAGGAGGAGAAUGAGGAAGAUCUGGAGCAGCAUCACCAAGCCAUGCAGUUCGGCGGUGAUGCUACCGACGAGAGGAUGCCCGUGAUGGAAACAGACGACUCCAUCCAAGUCACCCAUCCCCAGUCGAAGCAUGUGCACUUCGGUGGUGCAGUCCGGGACGCCGACGGUGAAGAUUACUCCACUGCUACCAACAUCACUCCGCACCCACGAAAGACGAUGACGAUGAGCCGCCGCUUCACUUUCUCGCCCUCUGCAGCUGCCUCCAUGGCCAAGCAAUUCAUUACAUCGACUCUUACGCGGACCUCGCUCCCUCCAGCCAUGAACAUCGAUCAGGCGGCGAACAUCAUCAAGGAGUACCAUUACUCUCCGUUGCACACGGUCAUCGAAGAGCGCAAGCGUCGCCGUUUGGAGAUCGAGUCCGAGCUUAAAGAAGAGAAGAAUCUUUUGGCCAAUUACGAGGAUGAUGCCGAGGAUGAAGAGGCGCAACAGCGCGUGAUUGCGCUUGAGCAAGAGCGUGACGAGCUGCGUCUGGAGCUCGAGAGCCACCUUGCCUCUCAUCGUUUACAUGUUGACGAGCAGAUGCUUGUCCUGGACACGCAGGAGGAUGUAGGUUACUCCGAGAUGAAGGGAGAGAGCGCGUCGCUCCAGACUAACGGCUUCCACGGCAAGUCGCGCGAAAACGCGGAGUACGACCUGCCGGAAAUCACUACGGUGACUGGUCGCGCAUCGUCGAGCCUCAAAGAGAUGACCGCCGCCUGGGACAAAGAACGUAGAGAGUUUCAGGACGCCAUUCUCGCUCUUAACCGCGAAGCCAACGAUGCCAAGGCGCAGCUGCAGAUCUGGCGUAUUGAGGCAGAAGCUCUGGGUUUCGGACCGGAUGGUGCGAGCGUUGAGGUUAUCCUCACAAGCAUUCGCGAGUCGAUGAUUGCCAUGCGCGAGAAGAUCGAGGCUGCUCUGCCGGACACUCUGCCAGAAGGUGCCACAAAUGCGGACAUUGUCGACAUCCUGGUAGCCAACUUGGAGUCGUUUUCAAGCCAGCUGCGCCGUCAGCACGGUGAGAUCCGUGACAAGGAAACCGUCAUCGCAGAUCUAAGCGCGCAGAUUGACGGCUUGCUCGAGCACCUCACAAACGAAAAGCUCCGCUCCGAGAGGCUUCAAGACCAGUGGCAGCAUCUCGACCGAGAGCAUGAUGAUAAGGCUCGCAACAUCAAGGAGCUGGAGGAGGAGUUGGAGACGCUAAUCGCUGAGCGCGACGAUUUGCAAAAGGAUUUGACGGACAAGGUCGAGGAGGGAAGGCUGAUGAGUGAAGACAAUGCUCAGAAAGCCAGUGACCUCGAGAAGCUUCGUCUCAGCCUCGAUGGCUACAUCCUGGAAGAGGGCCGGCUGACGGAGCUCAUUCGGAGGAUGGAGAUCGAGCACCAAGACCAAAUCAUGAAAAUGAACCGCGAGCGUGAAGACACCAUUGCCGAGUACGACGGUCGUCUAGAGACCGAGAUCAACAUGCGGAGCGAGGCCGAGAGGCUUGGAGAUGAGCGCCAAACUACCAUCACAGAGCUUGAAGUCAAGAUCGAGGAGCUUGCCACCGAGCGAGACACCUUGCGCGACGAGCUUGGCGCUGUCAAAGCGGAGCGCGACGCCGAGUCGGAAGGCCGCCAGCAGGCCGAAGCUUCCCUUGAGGAGAAGAACGUCGAGAUCGAAGACCUCGAGACUCGCGUCAGCCGUCUCGAAGAGGAGCUUGAUGCCCUCAAUACCCAGGUCGACGAGCUACGUCGCAACAACGAGACCAUCAAGACGCAGCUUGCCAGUGCCGAGACUGAUCUUGACGAACGCAUUACCCAAAUCAGUGUGCUUGACCACAAGCUCGAAGAGCAAGGUAAACAAGCCAACGAGCUGCGCAUGAAGCUUUUCCAGGUCCAGCAGGAAAACGAAACCAGGGUGAAGAACCUCGAGCUGCAGAUGUCAGAGCGUGACGAUCGGUUCCAGACUGAUAUGGCCGCCGAGAUCGAGCGACGUGAGGCCGCUGACACACUGGCGCAGCAGCGUGCGACUGUCAUCAUAGAACUCGAGGAGCGCAUCGAGGCCAUCGAGCUGCAGAUGCGUGCGGAUCUUGCCUCGAGAGACGAGAGGAUUGCUGCGCUCAAGGACGAGCUUGUAGAUGUUAAGACCGACCUCGAGAACGAGCAGAUGGACCACCGUGCUGCCGAGAGUACGCUGGAGAACGAACGUGAGCAGAAUACUGAACGCGUGGAGGAGCUCAACAGUACCAUACUUGCUUUACAGGAGACGCGGGAUGAGCUCGAGGGUCGCAUCCAAGAGCUUACCACUGAAGCGCAGAAUGCGACCGAGCUUCACGACUCCGAGAUGGAGGACCGUAACGCCGAGAUCGCCCGUCUGCACGCCACCAUCACCGAACUGAAUGGGGAAGUACAAGACCUAAAGGCGGAGGUUAACAGCCUGGAAAGCCGCGUCGAGCAAGAGGCCGCCAACAUGCUCGAUCUGCAGAACGCCAAGGAGGACGAGAUCGACGACCUCAAGCUCCAACUCAAAGAGAAGCAGGAAAAGAUUCUCGUUGUCCAGCAAACAGCCGCCGAAGCUGAUGCGGCCUGGACUGAGGUGUAUCAGGCGAAGGAACAAGAACUUGCCGAAAUGACCGCAAAAGCAGUGGCGGGCCAGGAGGUCAUUACUACACUUCAAAGCAAUCUCGUGGACUGGAAGCAGAAGUUCCGCGAGUACGCCGCUCGCAAUAAUAAGCGGAUCAGCGGGUUGGCGGCGGAGGUGGCCCGGCUGCAAGCGAACAGUCAAGAGGAGGUUGAGGCGGAGAGGAUGGAUGGCGAGGCGGUGCUGGAGGAAAUUGAGAGCUUCGAUUUUGAGGCGGUCGUGGAGGUCAGAAAGACUGCGUCACAACGGAGUGUGAUUUCGAGCUCGAGCCAGAGUCAAAGCCAGAGCUCGGGUGGCGCUACGAGGAAUACCAGGGUGUCACGCAAGAGCAACAAGUUUGGUGAUAGUGGGAUUGGCAUGGAUGGGGAGGUUGAAAGCUUUAUGGUAAAUUGA